CGGUGGAAACCGAACGCAUUCAGUGCGAUGUUAAUUGGACGGAAGUGAUAACUUAUCGACAUUCAAACUUAACGUUUCAAAAUGCAAUUAAGAACUGUUUGUGUGAUUUUGCUCAUCAAUAUUUCGACUUUUGUGUGUGGCUAUGAAAUUGAUUGUUCAAAACUUCAAACCGUACGUCGUGGGAAUAAACUUUUCAAAGAAUGCUGUAAAGAUUGGAUAUACGUGAGGGCAACCAAAAGUUGCAAACCAAAAUGCAUAUACGGAUGUAGGGGAGGCACGUGUGUGGCGCCAAAUGUAUGUAAAUGUACUCCACCGUUAGUCCUUCAUAAUAAUUACGAGUGUGUACCUCCUCCCCUUUGCAAUAUCCCAUGUACAAAUGCAACUUGCACCGCAGACGAUACCUGCACUUGUUUCGAUGGAUAUACACACAUGGACUCUUACACUUGUAUGCCAAAUUGCGACCCAGUGUGCGUAAAUGGCUACUGCAUAGCACCAAACCAGUGCCAAUGCUCUGAAGGUCAUAUACGAAAAACAACCAAUUUAUGCGAACCAGAAUGCAAACAAUGCCGCAAUGGAAUCUGCGUUGCUCCAAAUCAAUGCGAAUGCAAUACAGGCUAUGCUAAAAAUGAUAAGAAUAUUUGUAUGCCAGUAUGUGAGCAAUGCAACAAUGGAAUUUGUAUUGCUCCGAACCAGUGCGAAUGCAGCCCAGGAUAUGCUAAGAAUGAUAACAACAUUUGUACGCCAGUCUGUGAGCAAUGCAGCAAUGGAAUUUGUAUUGCGCCAAACCAGUGUGAAUGCAACCCAGGCUACGCUAAAAAUGAUAAAAAUAUUUGUUUGCCAGUCUGUGAGCAAUGCAACAAUGGAAUUUGUUUUGCUCCAAAUCAAUGCGAAUGCAAUCCAGGCUAUGCUAAAAAUGAUAAGAACAUUUGUACGCCAGUCUGUGAACAAUGCAGCAAUGGUAUUUGCAUUGCACCGAACCAAUGUGAAUGCAACAGAGGGUACUCUAAAGACAAUAAAAACAUUUGCUCGCCAGUAUGCAAGGAAUGCAGCAAUGGCAUUUGUGUAGCUCCAGAUAAUUGUAAAUGUAGCAAUGGAUACACUAAAGUUGCCGAUAAGUGUACACCAGCUUGUGACCGUCCUUGUACGAAUGGAAUUUGCACCGAACCAGAUAAGUGUACAUGUAAUGAUGAUUAUGAAAUCGACCCGAUAGAUAUGUUUAACUGCCAACCGAAAUGUGAAAUACCAUGCGUCAAUAGUACUUGUAUUGCUCCCAAUUUGUGCAAGUGUCUGUCAGGCUUUGAGCCAACUAACAAUUCAGUUUGUUCUCCAGUAUGCAAUCAAUGUGAUAAUGGAGAUUGUAUUGCGCCAAACAAUUGCGUGUGUCAUAAAGGUUACGUUGCAAGGAAUGGAAUAUGUGAGCCACAAUGUGAUAAGUCAUGCUUAAAUGGAAAGUGUUCAGCUCCAAAUUAUUGUACCUGUAACAAAGGAUUUGAGAUCUCGGACGAUAAGUAUUCAUGCAAACCAAUCUGUAAUGAUGGAUGUUUAAACGGAACGUGCAUUGCUCCAAACAGAUGCAAAUGCUUCGACGGUUUUAAGGAAUCUGAAGUCAGCAAUAUAUGCGUUCCUGAUUGUGGAAACUGUAUGAAUGGAAGAUGCGUAUCGGCAAAUGUUUGCUUUUGUGAUGAAGGAUAUCGAAUGGUAGACGGAUUCUGCACUCCGAUCUGCUUUAGGCCUUGCGUGAAUGGUCGUUGUGUAGCUCCAAAUAAAUGUAAAUGCAAUGAAGGAUAUAGAAGCAAUGAGACUGACCCAAAUAGUUGCUUUAAGACAUGUAUUUGUGAAAAUGGGGUUUGCGAUAGAAAUAACGAAUGCAUCUGUAAUCCUGGAUUUGAGUUGAUUAACAACACUUGUAUUGAAAUAGCACCAGCCGCAUGCAAUACUUGUGAAGGAAACUGUAGUAAUGACUUGUGCUGGUGCAAAGAUGGCCGUCCCUGCAUCCAAAGAACUGACACAGCAAGUUAUUCUAAUGAUGCUACGUUAGCUGGACUUGAACUAGGAUGGCUUUUAGGAGGAGUUAUUGGCAUUGUAUUACUCGCAACGGUUGUCAUAGUAAUCGGUCAAAUUUGGCGGAGGAGGCAGCAGUAUGAAGCCAAAACAGUCGAUACAGGUGGCCAUAUGUUGGGCAGUGUGGCCUACACCACGCCAGAUACCCUCCUGCAGCGACGAGACGGGGCUUCCAUUGCUAAUGUUUACGGCCAGAGUGACAAUGAUAAUGAAGACUUGACCGAGACCUUCUUACCUACAACUGUUAUCGUGGAUGAAGAACAGUUAUAGUGAUAGAUCAAUGUAACGAUAAAAUUUAUACAUUUUUAUAAAUACAUUUUACACGAUACGAAACGUUAAAAAGUCGACAGUGCGAACGAGAUGUUACAAUUAAAUAUAAAAAUUAUUGUUUAACUGGUUUAACCGAAGUUGUACAAUGAUGUAAAUAAUAAACGUGAUUUUUUAUAUUAGAGGGGGCAGACGGGAUGUUGAAUGGUGAGGCAUCCACCCAUGGCCAUCCGCAACAUCAGGUGUCAAGAGAUGCGUUGCCGGCAUUUAAGGUGGGAGUAUGCUCUCAUUUAUGAAGGUCCCUAAGUCGUAUCCGUUCGGGAAAACAGUAGCCGGUAAUUGAUUUCACAAAGUGACUGUGCGAGGCAAGAAAUUUCUUGCACAACGCGAGGUUGUAGAAUGCCAGACGUAAAUGGUACAUUUUGUAUUUUGAUGUCCAGUGGUGGAAUUCGGUCGCUGGAAUCAACCCGAGCAGCUUUUCAACACUGCUUUACCAGUGGGAGACUCCUUUGCACAGGAUGCCGGCUAAAUUAUGGGAACCCCAACGGCGCCUAUUUCUGCCGUGAAGCAGUAAUGUGUAAGCAUUACUGUGUUUCGGUCUGAAGGGCGCCGUAGCUAGUGAAAUUACUGGGCAAAUUAGACUUAACAUCUUAUGUCUAAAGGUGACGAGCGCAGUUGUAGUGCCGCUCAGAAUUUUUGUGGUUUUUCAAGAAUCCUGAGCGGCACUGCGUUGUGAUGGACAGGGCGUAUCAAUUACCAUCAGCUGAACUUCCUGCUCGUCUCGUCCUUUAUUUUCAUAAAAAAAAUAUCAACCCGAACAUCUCCUCUGGGGACUCCCCGUGAUAAAUGCAGUAGAAGAUGCAGAGAUAACCCACAUCUCUACGCUACGCCAAAGAGUCAAGCCGCUCUUCGUUGUAUGCAGUCAAAUGGAAGUAGCUAGUACUGGGGAGCACCCACCCAGAAGUGAGAACAGUACUCCAUGUGAGGCCGAAUUUGCGCUCUCUGUAGUUGGAGGCGGUGGCUUAUAGUGAAGUACUGUCUUGCCUUACUGAGUACACCAAGCUAUUUAAAGGCCAGCUUGACCUUCUUUUCCAAGUGGCCACGGAAAUAAACGUCGCUCGAUAUAUCGACGCCAAGUAUUCCGAUACAGGCUAGGGCAGUUAGAGGAGUGAUCUCGAAUCACUAGGGAUACUUUUUAACUAGUUAAAGAUAUUCGAUGGUGUACAUCAACAACGUGAUCUUGAUAAGAAUCGUUAUUUAGAACGCAACUUGGAAUGCAGUUCAGUCUGUUCAUUUUGAAUUUUAUUAACAGAAUGACUAACGAAAUGCAAUGAUAAAUUAAAUACUCAUCGUAAUGUGUACCUUACUUUUGUUGGACAAAAUGCAAAUUAAUCUAAACAUCGUGUAGGAUGCGGUGGUGCGCCUUUUUAGUUUCUAAUUUGUCAAAUUUUAUAUUAUGGUACAAAUAGUUAAUAAACUAGAAUUGUUAGUAUUACUUUAGAUCGAUAAUAAGACAAACUAAGUUUGAUCUAAUUAAAACAUUAAGUCUACUUAUUUCAACACGCAGGUUUCCAGUUAUUUAAGAUUUGGAACCGUUUAAAACGGGCUAAAAGUAUAAGUCAUAAUUAAAAGAUUAUAAAAAAUAAAUUAAUAUCUUUCCAAACUCUUAUAAAGCUAAUUAUAGUGUGAUAUUUAUUAUUUGUACAUAGUUAUUCUAAAAAUAAUGUUAUAAGUACAAGAACUGCGAAAUAAAUUACGAAAUUUGA